AGUGAAGCAGGCUGGGGGGUCCACGUGGGUUCUGUGCGUGUUUCCGCAUCCCUGGUUGUCGGUCCUUUAAGCCGGUUCCCGGCGACGGCCGAGUCGACAUGGGUCGCUCGGGGAAGUUGCCCUCUGGUGUCUCGGCUAAGUUGAAGCGCUGGAAGAAAGGCCACAGCAGCGACAGCAACCCCGCUAUCUGCCGCCACCGUCAGGCCGCCCGCAGCCGCUUCUUCAGCCGACCCUCAGGAAAGAGCGACCUGACAGUUGAUGCAGUGAAGUUGCAUAAUGAGCUGCAGUCAGGGUCCCUGCACCUGGGCAGAAGUGAAGCCACUGAGAUGGCCAUGGAAGAAGAGGUGGAGCCAGAAGAGGUGGAGCCGGCUGCCAGCCAGAAGUCCUCCGGCACUUUCCUGAGCGGCCUCUCUGACUGCACAAAUGUCACCUUCAGCAAAGUGCAGCGCUUCUGGGAGUCCAACUCAGCUGCCCACAAGGAGAUCUGUGCCGUCCUGGCUGCCGUCACCGAGGUGAUCCGCUCCCAGGGAGGAAAGGAGACAGAGACUGAAUAUUUUGCUGCGCUGAUGACCACGCUGGAGACAGUAGAGUCCCCGGAGUCUCUGGCCGCUGUUGCUUACCUGCUGAACCUGGUCCUGAGGCGCAUGCCCAGCCCUGUUCUCAUUAAGAAGUUCUCUGAUACCUCCAAAGCCUUCAUGGAUAUCAUGUCAGCCCAGGCCUGCAGCGGCUCCACCUCUGCCCUCCGAUGGGUCCUCUCCUGCUUGGCCACCCUUCUGCGGAAGCAAAACCUGGAGGCCUGGAGCUACCCUGUGACCCUUCAGGUGUACCAUGGGCUGCUGAGCUUCACUGUGCAUGCCAAGCCUAAGAUCCGGAAGGGUGCCCAGCAGGGAGUGUGCCUGGUCCUCAAGGGCAGCGAAUUCAUGUUUGGUGAAAAGGCCCCUGCACACCAUCCUGCUGCCAUUUCCACCGCCAAGUUCUGCAUCCAAGAGAUCGAGAAGUCUGGAGGCUCCAAGGAGGCCACCACCACGCUGCACCUGCUGACGCUGCUGAAGGAUCUGUUGCCCUGCUUCCCGGAAGGCCUGGUAAAGAGCUGCAGUGAGACCCUCCUCAGGGUCAUGACCCUGAGCCAUGUGCUGGUGACGGCCUGUGCCAUGCAGGCCUUUCACAGCCUCUUCCAUGCCAAGCCUGGCCCUGGCACCAUGUCGGCAGAGCUCAACGCCCAGAUCAUCACGGCCUUGUACGACUACCUUCCCAGCGAGAAUGACUUGCAACCCCUGCUGGCCUGGCUUAAGGUCAUGGAGAAAGCCCACAUCAACCUCGUCAGGUUGCAGUGGGACCUGGGGCUGGGCCACCUCCCUCGCUUUUUUGGAACUGCGAUGACGUGCCUCCUCUCUCCCCACUCGCAGGUGGUGACAGCUGCCACCCAGAGCCUCAAGGAGAUCCUGAAGGAGUGUGUUGCUCCCCACAUGGCCGACAUCGGCUCGGUGACCUCCUCGGCCCCAGGGCCUGCCCAGUACAUUGCCAAGAUGUUCAGGGCCGUGGAGGAGGGGCUGACGUACAAAUUCCACGCGGCAUGGAGCUCCGUGUUGCAGCUUCUGUGCAUCUUCUUCGAGGCUUGUGGGAGGCAGGCCCACCCUGUGAUGAGGAAGUGCCUGCAGUCCCUGUGUGACCUGCGCCUCUCCCCGCAUUUCCCCCACACGGCAGCACUGGACCAGGCCGUGGGGGCUGCUGUGGCCAGCAUGGGACCCAAGGUGCUGCUACAGGCUGUGCCUUUGGAAAUUGACGGCUCUGAAGAGACUCUGGAUUUCCCACGGAGCUGGCUGCUACCGGUCAUCAGGGAUCAUGUCCAGGAAACACGACUUGGUUUCUUCACCACCUACUUCUUGCCUCUGGCUGCCACUUUGAAGAGCAAAGCAAUGGACCUGGCCCAGGCAGGCAGCACGGUGGAGUCCAAGAUCUAUGACACUCUGCAGUGGCAGAUCUGGACCCUCCUGCCUGGGUUCUGCACGAGGCCCACAGAUGUGGCCACCUCCUUCAAAGGGCUGGCACGGACACUGGGCACGGCCGUUAGCGAGCGCCCAGAUCUGAGGGUCACGGUGUGCCAGGCACUGCGUACCCUCAUCACCAAGGGCUGUGAGGCAGAGGCCGACCGUGCUGAAGUGAGCCGCUUUGCCAAAAACUUUCUGCCAAUUCUCUUCAAUCUGUAUGGGCAGCCUGUUGCAGCUGGGGACUCCCCAGCCCCUCGCCGGGCCGUGUUGGAAACCAUCAAAACUUACCUCACUGUUACCGAGCCUCAGUUGGUGAAUGGUUUCUUGGAGAAAGCCAGUGAGAAGGUGCUCGACUCCACCAGCUCUGAUUUCACCAGAUUGUCUGUCCUGGACCUGGUCGUGGCCUUGGCUCCUCACGCUGACGAAGCUGCCAUCAGUAAGCUGUACUCCACCAUCCGGCCCUACCUAGAGAGCAAGGAACAUGGGGUGCAGAAGAAGGCCUACCGCGUGCUGGAGGAGGUGUGUGCCAGCCCGCAGGGCCCCGGGGCCCGCUUCGUGCAGAGCCACCUGGGUGACCUGAAGAAGACCCUGCUGGAUUCGCUGCGCAGCACCUCCUCGCCUGCCAAGCGGCCCCGCCUGAAGUGUCUCAUCCACAUCGUGAAGAAACUGUCGGGUGAGCACGAGGAGUUCAUCGCUGCCCUCGUGCCAGAGGUCAUCCUGUGCACCAAGGAGGUGUCAGUGGGGGCCCGGAAGAAUGCCUUCGCCCUGCUGGUGGAGAUGGGCCAUGCUUUCCUUCGGUUUGGCCCAAACCAGGAAGACGCCCUGCAGCGCUACCUCGUCCUCAUCUACCCUGGCCUCGUGGGCCCUGUGAGCAUGGUCAGCUGCAGCAUCCUGGCCCUGACCCACCUCCUUUUCCAGUUUAAAGGUCUGAUGGGGACCAGCACAGUGGAGCAGCUGCUGGAGAAUGUGUGCCUGCUCCUGGCCUCCCGCACCCGUGACGUGGUCAAGUCUGCGCUGGGCUUCAUCAAGGUGGCACUGGUUGUCAUGGAUGUGGUACACCUGGCCAAACAUGUGCAGCUGGUGAUGGAAGCCAUUGGGAAGCUUUCAGACGACAUGCGGCGGCAUUUCCGCAUGAAGCUUCGCAACCUGUUCACCAAGUUCAUCCGCAAGUUUGGGUCUGUGGACGGAAUAGGGAUGGGAGAGGUUGAGGGGUUUCUCAUCCCACCGGAGACCAGCUGGGGGACAAGAUUUGAGCUGGUGAAGGGGCUGCUGCCUGAGGAGUACCACAAAGUCUUGGUAAACAUCCGGAAGGCCGAGGCCCGGGCCAAAAGGCAGCGUGCUCUGAAGCAGGCUGCUGUGGAGGAGGAAGAUGAUGAAAAAGAGGAGCCUGCCCAGGGCAGAGGCGACAGCAUCGAGGAGAUCUUGGCUGACUCGGAAGAUGAGGAGGGCAACGAGGAGGAGGAAAGGAGCCAGGGCAAGGAGCGGCGGAAGCUGGCCCGUCAGAGGAGCAGGGCGUGGCUGAAGGAGGGCGGUGGGGACGAGCCCCUCAACUUCCUGGACCCCAAGGUGGCCCAGCGAGUCCUGGCCACACAGCCUGGGCCCGGCCGGGGCAGGAAGAGGGACCAUGGCUUCAAGGUGAGCGCCGAUGGCCGGCUGAUCAUCCGGGAGGAGGAAGAUGAUGGCAAGAUGGAGGAAGAAUCGGACACCAAAGGUGAGGAUGAAGAGAUGGCCGACCUGAUGGAAGACAUGGGCGUCAGCAACAAAAAACAUCAGAAGCUUAAGCAUCAGAAAGAGGCUGAGGAUGAGGAGCUGGAGAUGCCCCCUCAGUAUCAAGCUGGAGGCUCCGGCAUCCAUCGCCCUGUGCCCAAGAAGGCUGAGCCUGGGGCCGAAUACAAGGCUAAGAAGGCGAAGGGUGACGUGAAGAAGAAGGGUCGGCUCGACCCCUACGCUUACAUCCCCCUCAACAGGAGCAGGCUCAGCCGCAGGAAGAAGGUGAAGCUGCAGGGACAGUUCAAAGGCCUGGUGAAAGCUGCCCAGCGGGGGUCCCAGGUGGGGCACAAACUCCGCAGAAAAGAUCGCCAUUCCUGAAGCCCUGGGGCCCCGGGGCCACUCUGUGGUCCAGCCUGAGGCCCCUUGUCAGCCCCAGAGCUGCCUGACAUGAGCUCCAGAUGCUCUGGAGUUAGAAUGACUUGUUGGAACCAGGGUUUGGCUCCCAGACAGGCACCCAGGAUUUUGGAAGCUCCAAACAGGGACCACCCUUUAUAGAUGUCCCUGGCACAUGGAGAUGGGAGUGUGGCCUCAGUGCCCCUGGGUAGGCCCACAGAGGCAGCCGUGCUUUCUGCUGAGAGUGGUUGUGCCUAAUGGAGCAGAUAGUCCAAGGAUUUCCCCAGUGCUUGUUUCCUCCAGCUGCUUGUAGCCAUGUGGCACUCUUGGGCUGCCUCUGGGCUGGGUGUGGGAGAUUUCUUGUGACCACAUGCAGAAUAAACCUGUACCACCUUGCAUUAUCCCUA